UCCGACCUCUCUAUUUGAAAAGUUCCCAUCUAGCUCUAUUUUAAUAUGCUCGUGCCUAAAGUUUCAUGUGUGUCAGACCAAAAACCAAGAUUAUAGAAUCUCUCAUAGAAGAGGAGAGAGAGAGAGAGAGAGAGUUAUUUAUAUUUGGGAAAUGGUGAGCUAGUGAACAAACCAGCGGUGGAUUUUUUCCUUUUGAUGGGGCUUCUGUUUUGUAUGGAUAUGGAGGAAGAUUCAUUUCCAUGGACAAAACUUAGGAAUGAAUCAUUUUGCAUUCUUCACAGAACAAGACAACACCAAUGUAUACAAACACAAACUGUUGCAGCAAAACGAACAACAAAGAAACAACAGCAACAUUCCAUAGAAAUGGCUGCUUUUACUUCUCAUAAUCCUACCAAUCACCCAAUCAUACCUCUUUUUAUUGCUUUCCUUCUUGUUUUUUCUUCUUCUUUUGCUUCUGUCUUGUCUCUGCAACUCAUGUCAGAUUCCAGUAAUCUGCUUCCGGCAAACCAAACUUUCAGGCCAGGGAAAGAGACGUGGAAACUUAAAAGAGUCAAUGCUUAUCUUAAGAAGAUCAACAAGCCUGCAGUCAAGACAAUUCAAAGCCCUGAUGGUGAUGUAAUAGACUGUGUUUUAUCUCAUCUUCAACCAGCAUUUGACCAUCCAGAGCUCAAAGGACAAAAACCAUUGGAUCCACCAGAGAGGCCAAAAGGCAAUGAGACAGCAGAGAGAAUGUCGAAGAGCUAUCAGCUCUGGGCAGAAUCAGGCGAGUAUUGCCCAGAAGGAACUGUUCCAAUCAGGAGAACUACAGAAAAGGAUGUUCUAAGAGCAAGCUCCUUGAGAAGAUUUGGCAGAAAAUUGAGAAGGCAUGUAAGAAGAGACUCAACAGGCAGUGGUCAUGAGCAUGCAGUUGUAUUUGUUAAUGGAGAUCAAUAUUAUGGAGCAAAAGCCAGUGUAAAUGUGUGGGCUCCUCGUGUUACUGAUCAGUACGAGUUCAGCUUGUCACAGAUUUGGGUCAUCUCUGGUUCCUUUGGCAAUGACCUAAACACCAUUGAAGCUGGUUGGCAGGUUAGUCCCGAGUUGUAUGGAGACAACUAUCCAAGAUUCUUCACUUAUUGGACAACUGAUGCAUAUCAAGCUACUGGAUGCUACAACUUACUCUGUUCUGGGUUUGUCCAAACCAACAACAAGAUCGCCAUUGGAGCUGCAAUAUCUCCAAGAUCCUCUUACAAUGGUAGACAGUUUGAUAUUGGCCUAAUGGUUUGGAAGGACCCAAAACAUGGAAACUGGUGGCUGGAAUUUGGGUCAGGACUACUAGUAGGAUACUGGCCAGCAUUCUUGUUCAGUCAUUUGAGAAGCCAUGCAAGUAUGAUACAGUUUGGAGGAGAGAUAGUGAAUUCUAGAUCCUCAGGCUACCAUACAUCUACACAAAUGGGUAGUGGUCAUUUUGCAGAAGAAGGAUUUGGAAAAGCAUCAUAUUUCAGGAAUUUACAAGUUGUUGAUUGGGAUAAUAAUUUGCUGCCUUUAACAAAUCUCCAUCUCUUGGCUGAUCAUCCAGACUGUUAUGAUAUAAGGCAAGGGAGAAACAAUAUUUGGGGAACUUACUUUUAUUAUGGAGGUCCUGGGAGAAAUGUGAGAUGCCCAUGAAAAUAUUGGUGAUUUGAGGGUAUAGCAUAGAAAGUAAAAUAUUUUUGUGCAUUUUUUUAAAUUUUUUGAGCUUUUACUUUCUCUAUACAGGCAUUACUAUGGUUUGGGCUAUUUUUACAUUCUUUUUUUAAAUAUAUGAUAUGCCCACUUCUGUUUUUUUUUUUUUUUCUUUUUACCCCUCUAGCUGGUGAAUCUCUCUGCUUCUGAGAUUGUGUAAAUUUGGGGAAUACAUAAUGAAUGAAUUGUCGCUCUCUGGUUUUCUUU